AUGACCGCCGAACUUGCCUCUUCCAUCUCCAGUGCUUCUGCAUCAAUAUUGAAUCAAGAGACCGUCAAAGAUGAACCACCGCCCAUCGCACCCGCCCCAGGUUCGAACAGUGUUAAUAAUAUCCACACUCUUACCCCAUCAAACGACCCCUUCAACCCAGUGAAGAAUGGCGGAGACAUCGUUGCACAAGCACAGAGUAAUUUUCUGCUACCGAGGAUCAAGUCAAAAGGCAUUUUUGGCAACAAUGGGUCCAAGCCUACCAGUCAGCCGUCGUGGGACACUCCAACAGCCAAUGCCAUGUCUGCAGAUGAGGAUGUUGAGAUGGGAGGCCUGCCACAGGAAGCGGUCAGCGCAGAAGAUCCACCAGCUGCCCCAACACGAAGAUCAAGGACUGCACUCCAGAGACUUGGACUGGAUGCCGGAAAAGACAGUCAAAAGGCUCGCGCUGCAACAGUCAGAGGUCAGACGAAGCCCAGCUCUGAAUCACUGGAUACCGAUGACGCGACGAAUGCCGCGCAGAGCAGGCGUCUACAACACAAACGAACAAUAUCUGGACACAGCGCACAAAUUCCGGAUGCCGAAACGAUAACAUCUGCUCCAAGGAGGAGCAAUCGUUUAUUCAGUCAGAUCACAGGAUCAAAAACAACAAGUCGGGUGCCUGCCGAUAGCAAUACCUUGACAGCAGCUAAGCGCGACGAGGUAAAAAAGGCCAAGGCUACAGGAACGAAGGGCAGAGGACCUGCUCAAGUGGGUCGUGUGGUGAGUGGCAAUCGUAAAGUCAUGCCACCAAACCCGGCGGAGAUAAAAGACAUUCGCGCACCUAGUCGCAAUAGCGCAGCUCCGCCUGUGCCAUUACAAAAGCAGGCUCUCGAAUCAACGGUGGCUGUUGAGAUUGCAUCGACAGAAUCAUUAUUGUCUACCUUGAGGUCAUUAGGAGCGGCUUACUACCUUCUCAGUCGCUACCAAGUAUCAUCUGCGGUUGAUGCUUUCAAAGCUCUCCCUUCAGCGCAUCGAGAAUCACCAUGGGUCCUUGCUCAGCUCGGCAAAGCGUACUACGAAGCGUCAGAAUACUCGUCGGCAGAAACAUGCUUUGCCAAGUUGUUGAAACUACAGCCGACACGGAUCGAAGACAUGGAAGUGUAUUCAACGGUCUUGUGGCAACUGAAAAAGUCAGUGCAGUUGGCAUUCCUGGCGCAUAAUCUGAGAGAUCUUGCAUUCAACUCCCCACAAACUUGGUGCGCGGUUGGCAACGCCUUCUCUCUGAGCAGGGAACAUGAGCAAGCCAUUGCAUGCUUCAAGCGUGCGACACAAGUGGACCCGGAGUUCAGCUAUGCUUGGACACUUAUGGGUCACGAGCUUCUGACCAACGAGGAGUUUGACGCGGCGCUUGCAUCCUUCCGCAAGGGUAUCGGAAGUGAAAGGCGCGGAUUCGGAGCGUGGUAUGGUUUGGGCAAGUGUUAUGAGAGAAUGGGUAAAUGGGAGGAGGCACAGCGGCACUACCGCAUCGCAUUCAGUAUCAAUCCCAGCAACCCUGUCCUAGCGGUCUGCAUANGGAGUGGUGAGUUUGGUAAAGAUCCGAUCCAAAGCACAACAGCUAACUGA